AUGGGCACACCCUUCAUCUCGAUGCUAGAGCCUAGCAAGCUCGAGGGCCUGGAGCUGGGAAAACCACACAGCGAGCAGCCAGCAGCCAUACCCAAGAUCUUCAUAGACGCCAUGGAAGUGCGAGAGAUGGUCUUCGUGCAAGAGCAAAACGUGCCUCUGGAGAAUGAGCAGGACAGUGACGACGCUCGAUCCUGCCACUGGGUAGUGUACGCCAGCGUCAACAAGACGGAGGAAACAGAGGUGCGCGACGAAGACGGAAAUGUCAUCCAGCCACGCAAAAGCUCGACCCGAACAACACCCAUCGGAACCAUUCGCCUCGUCCCCUUCCCCCACGCACACCACCCCAAGAUUGGAGGUGAAUACCGCAACGGCCAGCUGCUGCAGAACGAGACGGAGAGGCAACGCUGCCCGUCUGAUACCAGCGGCCCCCUGUCCGCGAAUUCCACACCAGACCGCGCGACAUCCUUCCACGACGGGAGGGAGCCGUACGUGAAGCUGAGCCGGCUGGCUGUUGUCAAGGAGUACCGGGGAAAUGGCCUCUCCGGGCUCCUCAUUCAAACGGCCCUGUCGUGGCUAGCAGCCAACCCGACCUUCUUCGACCCGAGCAUCACCGAGUUGGGCCUCGAGCAGAUGGGUGCAUCGACCGAGACAGAGAUACCCAAGUGGGGUGGUCUUGUAUGUGUCCAUGCCCAGGAGCACGUUGUGGGAGCCUGGGCAAAGUUGGGUUUCCAGGUCGACAAGGGCAUGGGCGAGUGGUGGGAAGAAGGGAUCCCUCACGUUGGCAUGUUUAAAAGGUUGCACAUUGGUCCCAGACAGGUCCAUGUUUAG